AUGCCCUAUACUAAACGCAACUCGAGGCCACCGCGCCGCUUUGAUCCUCAAAAAAGAAUUGAAGAACUCCAAUCCUUCCUCCAAGACGAGAGCUACGCGAGGUUCAGACCUGACAUUGAAGAAGCGAUCCGUCUCUAUACAACCAGGCAGCUCCCGAAACUACGGACUCGUCGUACCAUUAUCCAACAUGGCAAGAUGGUGGUGUCGCUGGAUAAAGUGGAUUACCCCCGGGGGCUUUGGGUUGAAGAGUACCCAUUCCAGGAAAUCCCAACCCCCGGUCUUAAAGAAGUUUUUUCACAGUGCGAGCCACAGCCGCCGUCAACGUCGAACUAUACAAUCGGUUGCCUGUUAAUGCUUUGUAUAGCUCGACUCUUAUAUGUCCGGAUUGUUGUUUAUCUUCUAUCUACGAUAAACAGCCCCCUUUUGCACCUGGCUUCUUUUGUUGUCGAUGUUAUUAUGGUAUAUUAUAUGUUAUGUUUUAUUUCUCCGUAUCUUCGUUACUACUGCGGAUUGGAUCUUGAGACUUUGCCUGACAUUCGGCUUGUAAUUUUACGACGUUGA